CUUUAAAGAUGUUUCGCAGCAUGGAGGAUCAAACCGUGCUUGGGUGAUCUACGCCGACUUGGGGUAGUGCUUAUUACACAAAUUCACACUUAGGCACCCCUUCGUGGCGGCGACAAUACCAUGGUUUUCAUGGACUAUCGGAUCUAAAAAUGGGAAGACCCCAAGGGACAUCGAAUUCUGACGAGGGGAUGAAGAGAUUGAUCUCGGUACACCGAUAAGCUUGCAGGACUGAGGACAGCACCAGAAACCCCGCGAUUCGCAUGCGUAACAGCGGCAAAGCAGCAGGUAAAUUUUUGUGAUGAAUUCGACAGGGCAGGACGACGAUGCGCGACAAGUGCGGCGAAAGCCGGUUCCCUCAUACGUUCCGCCGCUUGGGUAUGACGAGGCCCUGCUGCUCUCAUCCGCCGAUACCCACGUCUACGACUGGGAUCACGAGCCCGAAGCCACGACACACCCUUUAGACGAACCGCGAAGUACAGAGAUUAGGACAGACUUGCCCUCAAAGUCAACAUUUGCGAGCGGUGAGACUGAAUACGAGCUAGUGAAGACAUCGAGCGCCGAGAAGACGAGGAACAACACACGACGGCCUCCGCGACCAAGAUGGCAGAUUCUGAAAGGGUGGUGGCCAGAGAUUGUAUGGUGCUUUAUCAGCGUUGUCUGCAUCAUUGUACUCGUCACGGUACUAAGGUCGUACGACAACCAGCCACUGCCGAACUGGCCCCUUGGCCUGACGCUCAACACCGUCGUCGCUUUCAUCUCCACAUUUUGCCGCACAUCGUUCGUUCUCCCGGUUGUCGAAAGUCUAUCGCAGUACAAAUGGAACUGGUACAAGUCGCCUAGGCCAUUGGGCGAUUUUGCGGUCUUUGACGAAGCCAGCCGCGGGCCGUGGGGUAGCUUGAAGCUGUUGCUUAGGACGAAGGGCCGGCUCCUUGGGAUUCUCUCAGCUGUCAUCCUGGUUUCUGGAAUCGCGACCUCGACGUUGACACAAUCCGUUGUCACUUACCCUACUCGCCAAGUUGCCAUUCCUGGGAACGAGACCGCACUCACACGAAGGAAUAAUGAGUAUUUCUGGGCGACUGCUAAUAGCCCUUCUCGAAGAGAUAUCAUGUUCCCGAUCAACCAGAUUAUUCCUCGAAGUCUCUACACCCCACCCACCGAGGUGAUGCCGUAUUAUCAAGCUAGCUGCCGAUCAAAUAACUGCACCUGGGACGACUUUACUUCGCUUGCCGUAUGCGUUGAUAUGAACAAUGUCACAGACCUUCUCAAGACUGACGGCGACCCAAUCGAAAUGGGCACGAAUUCCACACUCCCCAAUGGCCUGAAUUUGCAAAGAAGUUAUGGAUACGGCAACUUGAAUAUCUCCAGCGGCCCGAGUCUAUCAUUCAAUGGUACCGAUGCCAUGGGAGCCAAGAUCUGGAACUUUUUCGUCAUCUAUGGCCCCCGGCUGCGUGCUACUGAAAUCAUGCUGCACUGGUGUGUAAACACAUACAGGGUGACGGUCCAGGACAAUAUUCCCGGCACGCAAAAAGUCGCUUCCUACACGAAACCGCAGGAGGGAGAGGUGUUUGUGGAAAACUAUAACAUGACGCGUAGCGCGACAUACUUGACAUCGCCAGAUAACCCGAACAAGAAAUAUGUGGCUGACGGUAUGGGUCCCGGUGAGAUUGCUGACAUCCUUGACUCGACUCUAUCGGGGACUUACGUCGACGCCGGCGAUUUCAGAUUUGGCAACGGGACUCAAAUCUACGGGACAGCUUUAUCACGAGCUGCAAUUGGCAUCAAUCAGACUACUGAGUCUCAAAAGCUGGAUGAUGCCCUAUUCAUGGCGCUUCGCAACCUCACCGAAAACAUUGCCAGUGGUCUCACGAAUGCGCUCUUGAACGACAACGUCAGCGGAACUGCGUGGCAGGUGGAGAGGUUCGUCUCGAUCCGAUGGCCAUGGUUGACGCUACUGGCGGCUCAGGUUGGGCUCUCCAUCCUGACCUUGGUUAUCAUCAUGAUUGAGACUGCCAGCCUAGAUAUUGAGAUCGUCAAAGGCUCUCCCCUCCCCGCACUUUUGGCAGUGCACCCAGAUGAGAAGACUACUCUGCUAGGGGACCAUAUCGAGGAAACACAAAACAAGGAUAGUAGGCUUCCGCAUUUGAGGGCUUCGGGCAUUACUGGCGGUCUGAGGAGAAGUGGAGAGGAUUGGGUUCUUCAGGGGAUCAAAAGACGAUGAAUACCAUUGGAUAGUAACUGAUAACA